AUGGCCAGGAGAGGAAGAGCGGCAAUUUUGCCCACAAACAUUAUAUUGUUGCAAAAUUUGGUCAAACGUGAUCCGGAAUCUUACCAUGAAGAGUUUUUACAGCAGUAUGCGCAUUAUGAGUCCUUGAGGGAUAUCUUUAUGUUGCAAGGGUUGGCAGGGUCUGAUAACGCUGGAGGUGCCGGAGAUUCGAACGGUUCUUCUGGGAGUGGUACAAGUGGGUCCACUAGUCAACUGAUGGAACUGAUUGGGUUUGUUUCUCAGGUGUGUUUCUGUUUUCCAAAAGAGACUGCCAAUUUCCCAAACGAGCUGAAGCAGCUCGUUCUUGAACACCAUAAAUCUCUGCCGUUUGAACUGAAGGAAAAGAUAAUCUCUUCGUUGAUGAUGUUGAGAAACAAGGGUGUUAUCAGUGCAGAACAACUAAUUCAGACCAUGUUCCCCCUGUUGAUUGCAUAUUCGUCGCAAGGAAAUGCGCUUACGGUGAAUUCUCAUGCGCGUGAAUUGAGACAGAUGAUUUACAAGAAUUUGAUCUCCUUGCUAAAGAGCUGUAACACGGGUUCUAAGAACCAAAAAUUGAACAGAUCUACGCAAGCCGUUUGUUUCAAUCUCUUGGAGCAACCGGACUCUCAGGGUAUCUGGGCUGCAAAGUUGACAAGAGAGCUAUGGAGACGUGGUAUAUGGGAUGACUCCAGAACUGUCGAGAUUAUGACUCAGGCUACGCUGCAUGGCGACGUUAAGAUUGCCAUUUCCGGUGUUAUGUUCUUCUUGGACGCCGAUAAGGAACGUGAAGCCAAUUUUGAAGAUAACUCCGAGGAUGAGGAUGGAUUUGACCUGGAUGCUUUGAAGCACAAGAUGCAAGUCAACAAGAAAACUGGUAGACGUGGUAAGAAGUUAGAAACUGCCAUUAAGACCUACAAGAAGAAAAGCAAUGGAUCAGCACAGGAUAACGGGUUCUUGAAUUUCAGUGCCAUCCAUCUUUUGAGAGAUCCUCAGGGUUUCGCCGAAAGGCUCUUUAAUCAACAUUUGUCUGGCAAAAAUAACAACAGGUUUGAUUUGGAUCAAAAAAUCUCCCUAAUGCAGUUGAUUUCUAGAAUGGUUGGUACCCAUAAAUUGAUGGUCCUAGGAUUGUACACUUAUUUCCUCAAAUACCUAACGCCAAAGCAAAGAGAUGUUACCAAGAUCAUGUCUGCAUGUGCGCAGGCUUGUCAUGAAAUGGUUCCGCCGGAGAAUUUGCAAGUCAUGGUUCGUAAAAUUGCCGAUGAGUUCGUGUCUGACGGUGUCGCCUCCGAAGUUGCCGCCGCUGGUUUAAACACAAUCAAGGAGAUUUGUUCCCGUGCACCUUUGGCAAUUGACGACACGUUACUGCAAGACCUUACUGAGUACAAGACUUCCAAGGCCAAGGGUGUUAACAUGGCUGCCAAAUCGUUAGUGACAUUGUACCGUGAAAUAGCACCAGAGAUGUUGAAGAAAAAAGACCGUGGUAAGACGGCUGCUAUGGGAUUGCAAGAAGCCAAGCGUGAAGGCAAGGAUUUGAAGAGUAGAAGACCACAAUUUGGUGUGGAAACCGGUAACGUCGAAGGAAUUGCUGGUAUUGAACUAUUGGCUAAAUGGAAGAACGAAAAUGGGAAUGGCAACGAGGACGAUGAAGCUAACUGGGAAGUUGAUGAAGAAGGGGCAUCUGAGGAAGACGUUGAAGGCGAUUGGGUUACAAUGGACAGUGAUAAGGAAUAUGAUGUGGACAUGAGCGAUAGUGACAAGGACUCUGACCUCGACCUCAGCGACAAAGAGGAAGAAACCAAGCUGGAUCCAGAGACAGCGUUCCGUGAGUUAGCAUCUACUCGUGUGCUUACCCCAGCAGAUUUCGCCAAGUUGAACGAGCUACGUACCGAGGAAGGUGUGGCCAAAUUGAUGGGUAUAAAGAAGAACGAAGAGCUUGUCGAUUCGACGACGCUGGUCGGUCCCGUCAAGUACAAGCAAACUCGGGAGGAGCGUAUUCAGAAGAUCGUGGAAGGUCGUGAAGGCCGUGAGAAGUAUGGUAGCCGAAAGGGGAACCGUGACAAGGCUCACUCAACUACGAAUAGAGAGAAGGCUAGAAAGAAGAAUUUCGUCAUGAUGAUUCAUAAGCGUUCCGUGCAAGGCAAGCAGAAGAUGUCGCUGCGGGAUAAGCAGAAAGUGCUGCGUCAACACAUCACUAAGCAAAAGAAGAAGGGCCAUUAG